AGCUCUUCGGUUUAUGUGGAGAGAAAUAUAAAGUUUUCUAGAAAAUCACGUAUUACUCCAGUGUGAUGGAGGGUACGAGACCAGAUUCACCUGAACCCAGCUGUGUCUCCAUGAAGAGCGACCGGUCAAUGGAUCCUCCACUUAAAUUUAAAGAUGAAGGAUGUUCUACUGAUCUGAGUGUGAUGGAGGGUAAGAGACAAGAUUCACCUGAACCCAGCUGUGUCUCCAUGAAGAGCGACAAGUCAAUGGGACUACCAAUUAAAUUUAAAGAUGAAGGAAGUUCUACUGAUCUGAGACCACAAAAGAAGAAAUUAAAUGUUACUUACAGAGAUGAGCUGGAAUCCAUAUUUAAGGAACUGGAGGUUAAAGUCAUCAACAUGUUAAAGAAUGAGCUAAACAAGUUCAAAAAGCUACUGAAUGAAGAUUACCCAGCAUGCUCUGAGCAGGAGGUGAAUGACGAGAAAGAUCUAAGUAGUUUCAGAGAGGGGGCGCUAAAGAUCACACUGAAUGUUCUCAAGAUCAUGAACAAGACAGACCUCGCUAACACCCUGCAGAGGAAACUGGUCUCUGUAUAUCAGAAAAAACUCAAAUCAAACCUGAGAGAGAAAUGUAAAAGAAUCAGUGAAGGAAUCUCCCAGCAUGGAAGCUCAGCACUUCUGAAUAAGAUCUACACAGAGCUCUACAUCACAGAGGGGUGGAGUGGAGAUGUCAAUAAUGAACAUGAGGUCAGACAGAUUGAAGCAGCAUCCAGAAGACCAGCAGCACAGGAAAUUCCCAUCAAAUGUAACAACCUCUUUACAAACUCAUCCAUCAGAACUGUGCUGACUAAAGGAAUCGCUGGAAUUGGAAAAACAGUCUCAGUGCAGAAGUUCAUUCUGGACUGGGCUGAAGGAAAAGCAAAUCAGGACAUCAUCUUCAUAUUUCCACUUCCUUUUAGAGAGCUGAACUUGAUGAAGCAGGAAAAUCUCAGUCUGAUGGAACUUCUUCAUCAGUUUUUCCCAGAAGUGAAAGGUCUGACAUCAUUAGACUGUGAUAUUUAUAAAGUUUUGUUCAUCUUUGAUGGUCUGGAUGAGUGUCGACUUCCUCUAGAUUUUCAAAAUAAUGAGCAAUUGUGUAACAUAACGGAGUCAGUAAAAAUGGAUGUGCUGCUGACAAACCUCAUCAAGGGGAACCUGCUUCCCUCUGCUCACCUCUGGAUCACCACUCGACCAGGAGCAGCCAAUCAGAUCCCUCCUGAGUGUGUAGCCCAGGUAACAGAGGUACGAGGGUUCAGUGACCCUCAGAAAGAGGAGUACUUCAAGAAGAGGAUCAGUGAUAAGAACCUGGCUAGUAAAAUCAUCAAACACAUGAAGUCAUCAAGAAGCCUCUACAUCAUGUGUCACAUUCCAGUUUUCUGCUGGAUCUCAGCCUCUGUUCUAGAGAGAAUUCUGGAUGGAGCCAAGGGGAACAAAAUCCCCAAAACUCUGACUGAAAUGUUUACUUACUUUCUGAUCUUUCAGAUCAAACACAAGGAACAAAAGUAUCAUGGGAAAUCUGACCCUGAUCUACACCAGACCAGAGAGACGAUACUGGCACUGGGAAAACUGGCCUCCCAACAGCUGGAGAAAGGAAACCUGAUCUUCUAUAAAGAAGACCUGACAGAGUGUGGCAUUGAUGUCAAAAACACAUCAGUGUACUCAGGAGUCUGCACCCAAAUCUUUAGAGAGGAGGCUGGAUUGUACCUGGGUCAGGUCUUCAGCUUUGUGCACCUGAGUGUUCAGGAGUUUCUGGCUGCUUUAUAUGAACUUCUCACCCUUAUCAACAAAAACAGAAAAAACACUGAAUUUCUGAAGAGUGCAGUGGAUAAGGCCUUACAGAGUAAGAAUGGACACCUGGAUCUUUUCCUCCGCUUCCUCCUGGGUCUCUCACUGGAGUCCAAUCAGACUCUCUUACGAGGCCUACUGCCACAAACAGGAAGUAGCUCUUACAACAAAAAAGAAACAGUCAGGUACAUCAAGAAGAAGAUCAGUGAGAAUCUCUCUCCAGAGAAAUCCAUCAAUCUGUUCCACUGUCUGAAUGAACUGAACGAUGAUUCUCUAGUGCAGGAAGUCCAAAAAUACCUGAACAGAGAAGGUUCUCUUCAUCACGAUAGACACCAUCUGUCUCCUGCUCAGUGGUCGGCUCUGGUGUUUGUGUUGCUGAACUCAGAUCAGGACCUGGAUGAGUUUAAUUUGAGGAAAUAUUACCCAUCACAUGAAGGUCUUCUGAAGAUGCUGCCAGUGGUGAAAGAAUCAAGAAAAGCUGAGUUGUGUAAUUGUGAUCUAACAGAGAAAAGUUGUGAAGUUCUGUCCUCAGUUCUCAGUUUAAACUCCUCCAGUCUGAAACAUCUGGACCUGAAUAACAAUAACCUGAAGGAUUCAGGAGUGAAGCUGCUCUCUGCUGGACUGGAGAAUCCACACUGUAAACUGGAGAUACUGAAGUUGUGGAGCUGCAGUAUUACAGAUGAAGGUUUUACUGCUCUGGCUUCAGCUCUGAAAUCAAAUCCAUCAUCACGUCUGAGAGAACUGUAUCUGAACCUCAAUCAUCCAGGAGAAUCAGGAGUAAAACUGCUCAAAGAUCUACAGGAGGAUCCACAAUGUAACCUAAAGGAACUAGACAUCUGAACACACAUUGAAUUAUGAGAAGAGGAAGAUGAAGAGUAGUGGAGAAAUUACAGAUGUUAGUGAGGUCUCACGGUUAGGACGUCUUUCUACAUAACCACAAGAUGUCUAGAGGACUGACUAAAGAAAGUCUCUUCUGUAUGAUUCUAACCAAUGUUCUUUGAAAGAAACCUUGUUGAAUUGUCAGAACCAGUGCUGGGUUAAGGGGUACAUAAUGCUCUUUAUUGCCACUAUCCACUAUUACCCACAAUCCACUGUGAUCCUGUGAUGUUUCUUCCAGUAACCAGUGGGUUCAUGAAAUGGUAUAUAUUUGUAAAAUUAUAAAUUAUAUUUAUUUACAUUUACAUAUUUGGUAUUUAGCAGAAACUUUUAUACAAUGUACUUUGACAGUGUACUGUCUAGGCCAGUGUUUCUCAACCUUUUUUCAGUCAGGGCACCCUUUAAAAGUAUGCAAAAUCUCAAGUCACCCCAGUCUAAAAUGUAUUAAAAAACGUACACUCUGCAUCCCUCGGACUACUAACACACACGCACACACACCAUAAGGUGUCAUUUAGGGAGGGAGGGGUAAAUGUGACUUACUUUUAAUGUGAAACCUAAGCCUGGGAUGAUGCACACAUGUCCUUAUUUGUCUUGCCAAUAAAGCUUCUUUUGAGUUUGA